CUUUCGAACAGUCCUGUGGGAAUAGGGUUGUGCUGCAGCCUCGUCCCGCCCCCACCUCUGAGUGACAACACCGUGGACAGCAACAUUUCCAGCCGGACACGGAGUUUGUCGGCCCUUGCCUUGGUUGAGCUGAGUAGAAAAAGAAACAACCAGGAAUAUUCGUUUUGGCAUCUGGAAAUGAAUAUGACAGAAACGCAAGUGCAGUAAAGACCUUGGUUUUGGAAAGAUCUUACCCCUUGGCAGCUCCCCAAGGUUCAGACUUGGCAGCAUCAAGGACACAGCACAAGCAGGCAUUUUGGAGAUCAAAAAUGGGCAGAAAAGAUGCUUCCACUACAAAACUUCCUGUUGAUCAGUACAGAAAGCAAAUUGGUAAACAGGAUUAUAAAAAAACCAAACCUAUUUUACGAGCAACCAAAUUAAAAGCAGAAGCUAAGAAAACAGCGAUAGGCAUAAAGGAAGUUGGCCUUGUGCUUGCAGCUAUCCUGGCCCUCCUGCUGGCUCUCUAUGCUUACUUUUAUCUCAGAAUGUCCACUGAUGUUGACCCUGAUCUGGACCCAAAUGAAGAUUACCUGGGCAAUAAUGAAGAAUAAUAGUUUUAUAAAAGCACCUUUUGGUACCAGUGCUUUCUGAAGAACGGAUAUGGAUCCUCAUUUCAUGAAAAAAAAAUAAGAUACUCUACAUGCCAGAAGAUUUUUUGAUGACAGUACCCCUCCUAUUCUUCAUCUUUUAAAACAACAACCAAAUUGGUGGGGAGGCAGCCAAAAUUUGAGGUACCAAUGCUUCUCGAACAGAUGUCGCACCAUUAUUUUUUAGCUCGUUUAGAUGAAUAAACAUGUUAAACUGUGAAGUAUUACAUUUUAGAUUUUUUCAUUAAAAAAAGAGACAAUCUGUUUACUGUCCUAAUUGAGACAACAAUCCUUGUGGUUGCCAGUUUUGGCAGUCAUAACAAUGAACUAUAAAUAUUUGGACCAAUCAAGUAAAUGGUGACUAUAAAGGCUAUACCAUGUGUAGAGUUCUGUUUUCAUGGGCACCCAUCUUAGUAUGGCAUUUUUUCCCCCCUGACUUCUUCAAAUACAAUUGUUUGUGUGAAACUGAAGUUUCAUUGUAAGCCUAAGAGAAAUUGAUUUCAAUAUCUAAUUUCUGUCUAGUUCAUCAUCCUUUUUAGUGUUCAACUAUCCAUCUGCUUGUAGCAAAUUGCUUCUUUAGUUGCGCUGUGGAAUGUAAGGCUGCUUCUUCACUGGUUUGCCUUCUCCGUACUUCCUAGAAUAACAUAAAAUUCAGAGGUGGUGUCUCUUUUUAAGCUUUUAAAAAAAUAUUUACAGUAUGAUUUUAACAGUAUUUUAAAUCUUUUACAUUGUAACGCUUAGUUUUGUAAAAUAAGGUUUUUUAAAUAAACGGGGGUGGUUGCAACAUUUGUCGUAAUGAUGAGCGGCCCACCGAAAUCUUAGCCCCUACAAGCAUGCUUCGCUCGAAAUAUCACUGGCAGCGAGUUGACAGACUAAGUAACAAGAAAUAACCCAUACCUAAAAAAUGAUUUCCAAACAUCUGGGAACCAAAAAGGGAGUGUUUUUCUAGACAUCUGUAUGAGUGCUUCAUCUCCCUCCUCCAGUUCUUCUACCUUAGUCUGAGUUGGCAGUCUAACAUUCCCUGUCGGUUAGCUCGGACCUCACUUCUCCACUUUCGAGGGCUAGCACGCGCUCAUAUUUCAUUGUGUUCUCAGUGUAUUAGCUCCCUCUACUCUUACAGUUAUCCCUGAUCCUUACCUAAGUUGCAGUCUUUUAUUUCUUACCCGAUUUCAUUUUUAUUGCUAAUCUUAUGCAUCACACAAAAAUAGAGACAAUAAUAAUACGAACUUCAAUAUGCUUAUCACUUAGUUUUACAUUUAUCAUGUUUUGUCACU